AUGAAAGAAGAUUUUUUACAUACAAGUCAGACAAAGUAUGAUACUAAGAUUAGAGCAUUACGUUGUAUAUAUUCAUUCUUAGAAGUUAUUGGUAAAAGUGUAAAUGAUUUUUGCUUCACAGAUUUCGACAUUACUGUAGAUGACGCCGACAUGUUAGCAAAUAUGAUUUUAGAAGAAAGUACAAAUGUUAGUGUUGAGUCUGACGUGCAUUUUACAAAGAGUUUAAAAAAAGAACAACAAUUUGCUUAUGAUACUACUUUAGAUUGUAUUUUCAACGAUAGAAAUGGACUUUUUUUUAUCGAUAGUCCAGGAGCAUCAUCUGGAGUAGCUGCUUCUUUAUUACAUGGUGGAAGAACUGGUCAUUCGCGUUUUAAAAUUCAUCUUCAAACAAGUCUUGAUAUGUGA